AUGUCAGAUUUUGUAGAGCAUGCCCCCUGUGAGAACUUUGAGGCCAAUGUGUUUGCCAAGAGCCGAUGUCAGAAUUGUUUUCGGGCAGUUGGUGCUCACCACCAGUCCAGCAACCAGGUGCCAGAGGAACAUGCUGUGGAGGCCCCACAUGGUGAUGCCACCAGUGGGCCAGACCCAGGUGGACUUUGGGACCCCCUGUGCAUCUUAGCUCCCCAGUGUGAGCUGUAUGUUUGUGCAGGCUUCAAGGACAGGAUUGAGGACUGGCAGGAGAGCUUGGCGUACACCCAACUCAGCAGCCGAGCCCAGGGCAAGCAUGAAGAAACCAGCACCCGUACUGAUAUCAGCACCGACACCAGCACCGGUACCGGAAUCAGCUUCACACUCUCGGGGGACUGGGAAAUGACCAGGCUGCUGGACAGCAUUUUGGGAUCGGACAAACAAGACACGAUGAACUACAUGGGCCAGAGGAAGGAGGUGCAGAUUGGAGCCCUGCAGUCAGACAGACCCAGGUGGGGUCAGACCAUGUCCUGGGGCAGAACAGAGUCCCAGAGCUUCAUGAAAGAAAUCUCUCCUCGGAAAGCAGAAUCCAGUCCUGUGAGCCAGAGCGCUGGGGAUGGCUGGCCAAAGCAUCAGAUGGAGAGCAGUUAUUUCUCUCUGGAACGCCGGAAAUCUGACCCCACCUGGGUCUCCUCCCCUCCACGAGCCAGCCCCAGCACCUUGCCAACACACAGUGACCCAGUAAGGACUGGCAGGCAUCUCAUUUCCUCCAUCAGUUCACUAGACUCUGACUUACCUGGGUGCACGAGGCGCGGUGGCGAGGGGCGACACUCCUUGGUGCGGCAGGAAUACACGGUGUUGGCUGAUCUGCCCAAGCCCAAGCGGAUCAGUCACAGGGAGGCAUUUGAACAGGAACGCAGCAGCUCCCGCACUCGGAGCCCGGGCCGGGCAGAGGUGGAGCGGAUCUUUGGAUACGAGCGCAGGAAGUCCGAGACGCUGGAGGCGUUCCAGGCCCUGGAGGACGGCCUCUUGGACCGGCUGGAUGGCAAGACCCCACUGCUGACCAAAGAAGGGCGAUUAGGCAGGAGGCAGUCCAGCCCCACCCUGUACAGAGAGGGGAACAAGAGGCUGCCACAGCAGCUGGGGCAGCCCGGCAAACGCCGAGGAGAGGCCCUGCGCUCUGUGAGCCCAGCUCGGAGAUCGGAGAGAAACUGGAGGAGUCGAGUGGACUCCGUGUGCCACAUGAGUACAGACAAGUGCGUGGACAGAGAAAGGGUGCCUCCUCAGCCCUCGAAUCCUGGAAAACACACAGAUAGUAACUGGAAAAGCCAGAGGGAUUCCCUGCACCCCACAAACCCUGGGAAGAGCUCAGAUAACAGUUGGACUGGCCGAGGGGGGCACCUGCGCUCCUUGAGUCCUGGGAAGCGCACAGAGAGCAACUGGAAAAGCCCAAAGGAGACCCAUCCUGUGAGUCUAGUGACGAGCACUGAGAGAAAGUGGAAGGAUGCAAAAGAGCCCCUGCACCCUGUGAGUGCUGGAAAACGCACGGGUGAGCGACAGAGCCUAGAGGAGAAACCCCACCUUGUGAGUCCGGGAAAAUGCACAGAGCGUGAUCAGAAGGGCCGGGGCAAAUCACUGCACCCCGUGAGUCCAACCAGGCAGCCAGAGAGGGACUGGAGGAGCCAGGCAGAGACUCUGCGCCCCAGGAGUUCAUCCGGGAAGCCAGAGAGGGACUGGAGGAACCAGGCAGAGACCCUGCGCUCCAGGAGUCCAACCGGGAAGCCAGAGCGGGACUGGAGGAGCCAGGCAGAGACCCUGCGCCCCAGGAGUUCAUCUGGGAAGCCAGAGAGGGACUGGAGGAGCCAGGCAGAGACCCUGCGUUCCAGGAGUCCAACUAGGCAGCCAGAGAGGGACUGGAGGAGCCAGGCAGAGACCCUGCGUUCCAGGAGUCCAACCAGGCAGCUGGAGAGAGACUGGAGGAGCCAGGCAGAGACCCUGCGCUCCAGGAGUCCAACCAGGCAGCUGGAGAGAGACUGGAGGAGCCAGGCAGAGACCCUGCGUUCCAGGAGUCCAACCAGGCAGCUGGAGAGAGACUGGAGGAGCCAGGCAGAGACCCUGCGCUCCAGGAGUCAAACUCAAAGAUCAGAAGACAACUGGAAAACCCAAGAGGAGUGCUUGUGCCACAUGAAUCCAAUGCAACAGCUGGAAAGGGACUGGAGAAGCCAAGGAGAAUGUCUGUACUCAGUGAGCUCAGGGCACCAGCCAGAGACCACUUGGAAAAGCCCCGUGAGUCCAAGUCAAUGGUUAGAGAGUGACUGGAAGAGCCAUGAGCAGUCCCUAGACCUAAGCUCAGAGAAGCAAUUGGAGAAUGACAGGGGCAAAGAGGAGACCCUAUUGCAUCAAUCCCAGCUAGAUCGAGGCACAACCCGACCCCUCAACAGUGCCUGCUCCAUGGGAAGCCAGGAUCUUUAUUUGAACACUAACGGGCAACACCACAAGCCGGAUCUCCUCAAUUUCAAGAAGGGAUGGAUGUCCAUACUGGAUGAGCCGGGAGAGUGGAAGAAACACUGGUUUGUGCUGACGGACUCGAGCCUGAGAUAUUACAGGGACUCCAACGCUGAGGAGGCUGAUGAGCUGGAUGGUGAGAUUGACCUGCGCUCCUGCACAGAAGUGACGGAAUAUGCCGUGCAACGCAACUAUGGCUUCCAGAUACACACGAAGGACGCCACCUUCACCCUGUCAGCAAUGACCUCGGGGAUCCGGCGAAACUGGAUUGAGGCUCUGAGGAAGAACGUGCGCCCGGUCAGUGCACCGGAUGUCACAAAGCUAUCUGAUUGCAAUAAGGAAAACUCCUUCCGCAGCUGUGUCCCCCAGAAAGGCUCCCUAAGGUCAGAGGAGCAGUGGCCGGGCUUGGGGUCAGAGGUUAUUUCCAAGGGCAGUAACCGGAAGGUGGACGGGCCGCGCCACACCUUUGACUACGUGGAGCUGUCCCCCUUGAAUCAGGGGUCCCCGCAGCGGACGAGAGGCAGUUUGAGGGGGAUCUCUGACCGAGUCACCAAGCACGAGGACCUGGAACGGGACCUAGCCCUCCGCUCUGAGGAGAGGCGGAAGUGGUUUGAGGCUCCUGACACAGGGGUCCUGCAGGGCGACGGCCCAGCAGGGGCCCUCUGCUGGAAAGCAUGUGAGCAGGAGCUGCUGGGGCCCGCCCUGUCAGAGGACCAGCGCAGUCGGCUGAGUGAAGAGAUUGAGAAGAAAUGGCUGGAGCUGGAACGGCUGCCCCUGAAGGAGUCUAAGCGCCUUCCUCUGACUGCGCUGCUGAACCAGAGCAAGGGGGGCCAUGGAGACACGAGGGAGGCGCUGGAGAAAGAGGUCCAGUCCCUGAGGGCACAGCUGGAGUCCUGGCGUGCCCGGGGAGAGAGCCUUCGUGACACAGGAAAAUCCCAUGGAGAUGGCCACAUGCCCCAGGGAUUCAUCUCCCAGGAGGCAUGUGAGCGCAGCUUGGCAGAGAUGGAAUCUCUUCACCAGCAGGUCAUGACCGAGCUCCAGCGGCACCAUCAGCGGGAGCUGGAGCGGCUGCGGCAGGAGAAGGAGCGGCUCCUGGCUGAGGAGGCUGCGGCCACAGCUGCAGCAAUCGAAGCGCUGAAGAAGGUGCACAAGGAGGAGCUGAAUAGGGAGCUGGGCAGGACACGCAGUUUCCAGCAGAGUGGGUCAGGCUCAGAGGCCCUCCGGAGACAGCACCAGUUGGACGUGGACUCUCUGAAGCGGGAGCUGCAGGUUCUCUCCGAGCAAUACUCCCAGAAGUGCCUGGAAAUCGGUGACCUCACAGAGAAAGCAGAAGAGCGGGAGCAGAUGCUGCAGCGCUGCCAACAGGAGGGGAAGGAGCUGCUCCGGCAGAACCAGGAGCUGCAGACAUGCCUGUCGGAAGAGAUCCAGAGGUUACGGACCUUCAUCACCUCGCAGGGCACAGGGGAUGGGGCCUUGCACAACGGCGAGAGGAGCUCCUGUGAGCUCGAGGUGCUGCUUCGAGUGAAGGAGAAUGAACUCCGGUACCUGAAGAAAGAAGUUCAGUGUCUUAAGGAUGAGCUCCAGAUGAUGCAAAAGGAUAAGAGAUUUGCCUCAGGGAAGUACCAGGACGUCUAUGUGGAGCUGAACAACAUCAAGCUGCGCUCGGAGCGGGAGAUCGAGCAGCUGAAGGAGCACCUACGCCUGGCCAUGGCAGCGCUGCAGGAGAAGGAGACACUGCGGAACAGCAUCAGCGAGUAGAGGUUUGUUUUGCUUGAUUCCUCACUUGUGGGGAGGUGGUGGCUGCAUCCCAUCCAUUGACACCCCCUCGAGGAAACCAGCUCCCAUGUCUUUCACCAAUCCCCAUCCCAUGCGCCUGCGUAUCUGAGCACAUCGUUUGGACUGACUCCUACGUGCACCUUCUUCAGGAUUUUAUAUGUGAAAAAAUAUAUUUUAUAGAUACUUCACUUUUUUUUGUUUUGUGGGUGGGGAAUAUUUUAAAUCUACAAUAUCUUUUAACCAGCAGCUGAAGACCGAAGAAACACAGCUGUUGCUCCUGCCUCGAGUGCUCCUUGUGGGGUGCGUCUAUGGGGUCGUGAGUGGCCUUCUCCCCACUCCUCCAGCCUGCUUGGAUGUGCUGGAAGGACAAUGCACCGAGACAGACGGUGGCUAGCCAUACAAGAGAACCAAUGUCCUGCACACGUUCCCCUGGAUCCCUGAAAGCGGAGAUGUUGGACAGAGCGUGCUCAAGUUGUUGGGGACUGUGCUCUCCCUCUGUGGACUGUAUUGAAGGGAGGUUUCGGUACCCGUGGGCCAUGUCUCUGUCCCAGGGCAAGGCCAGUCCCCUGGAGGUUUUGGAAGAGCCUGCCUCUUGCUAACACACUCCUGAGGAAGAGCCGGGGGACUCUGCACGCGCCACUGCUGCAUCUGCCGGAGCCAAACAAUGAAGGCGGCGGCUGCCCUUCCGCACAGUUAAUAGUUUAACUUAAUAAAAUCUUCAGCUAUC